UUAAACUUGGUGAACUUCUGUGUAACCAACAAAUUCACAAAUUAAGCUUUGUGAAUUUAUUUCUAAAGUGUUUAAAAUCUAUUUUCGUGACUUAACAAAUCCGGUAUACUUACGUCAUGUCUUUGUUAACCAGGGGCUGUUCUGCGCUCGUGAGAUACAUCUCUGAGCGGAGCAUCUAAAGGCCUUUGAUGGUGAAAUCAAUGCCUUUUUGGACAAUAUGUUUGGACCUCGGGAUUCUCGAGUCAGAGGGUGGUUCAUGUUGGACUCCUACCUUCCUACCUUUUCUCUCACUGUCUUAUACCUGCUUUCCAUAUGGCUGGGCAACAGAUACAUGAGGAACAGACCUGCUCUUUCCCUCAGGGGCGUCCUCACCUUGUACAAUCUUGGAAUCACACUUCUCUCCGCGUACAUGCUGGCAGAGCUUAUUCUCUCCAGUUGGGAAGGAGGCUACAACUUACAGUGUCAGGAUCUUACCAGUGCAGGGGAAGCCGACAUCCGGGUAGCCGAAGUGUUAUGGUGGUACUACUUCUCCAAAUUAAUAGAGUUCCUGGACACGAUCUUUUUUGUGUUGCGGAAAAAAACCAGUCAGAUUACCUUUCUUCACGUAUACCAUCAUGCCUCUAUGUUUAACAUCUGGUGGUGCGUUUUGAACUGGAUACCUUGUGGGCAAAGUUUCUUUGGACCCACCCUGAACAGCUUCAUCCACAUCCUCAUGUACACUUACUAUGGCCUUUCCGUGUUUCCAUCUAUGCGCAAGUAUCUUUGGUGGAAGAAGUAUCUCACGCAGGCUCAGCUGGUGCAGUUCGUGCUCACCGUCACCCACACCAUGAGUGCUGUCGUGAGGCCCUGCGGCUUCCCCUUCGGCUGUCUCAUCUUCCAGUCUUCUUAUAUGCUGACGCUGGUCAUCCUGUUCUUAAACUUCUAUGUUCAGACAUACCGGAAAAAGCCCAUGAAGAAAGAUGGGGAAGACCCACAUGCAGGGCAAGAAGUUAAGAAUGGUUUUUCCAAAGCCUACUUCACUGCGACAAAUGGAAUAACAAACAAGAAAGCACAAUAAAUGCUGACAGUGAGGUGACGACUCUGCAGACCUCAGAACUGAUGCGACUUCUCUCCUUCCCGCACCGACCUAACCCCUCACCAGACGCUGUCUUGAUAAAGCCUUCUGCACCUACAAAGCCAGGACACAGGGAGCACUGUUUCUCACAGCACGUCAGCAAAUAAGAAGUUAGAGUUUUGUUCAGAUUUAAAACGUUUAAAACAAAAUGUUAACUGUCUUCUAAAUACAGGCUCUGCUCUAAUCUAUCUUUAGCAAUAACUCUCAGUACAUAAAGUAAUCAGUCCAUUUGUUCCUUUACGAAUCAACCCCAGAAAAUAUUCAAAUGGUCCCAUAAAUGGAAAACCCAGCAAAACUUUUCUCUCUUGUCGGUCUCUGGAGUGUCAAAUUCCCACAACUACUCCUAAUUCUCAACUUAGUGACAUGGUGAUAAAGUUUGUAUUUUUUUUUUUUUAUCUUUGAAGAAAAAUCUUCUACCAAACCUUCACAGCUCAGGGGCUUGGGUAGGAGUAGUUCCUCAGUUUUAAUUGGGUUUCCUUAAUUAUUCAUAUAUUCACAUCUACCUCCGAUGUUAAGGUGCCCCAGGUUAGGAUACAGAUGCAAUACUCAGUUUUAAAAGCAGGAACUGACUUGCCCAUUUCCUUUCUGACGAGGACUCGAGUCCAGUGGGCCCUUUUUCUUAGAAUGAUAUGUCACUGGACUAUCAGUAAGUCAGAAUUAACAGAGCAUUGGGGGCAAAACAGACAUUGAACUUGCCGACGAUUUCUUAUGAGCCUCCUUGUGAGUAUUAUCCCCAAAUACUUGCUGUCACUCUUUGCAGGUUACGUUAUUGAAAAUAGGAAAAGAGGGCUAUGGGAAGGUUCUGGGAACGAGCCACAACGAAAAGCACCGGUUUGGCAAACUCGGCACUUCCUUUCCCUGCUCCAAGUAACACGAGCUCCACUGAGAAGCACGGGAAGGUUAGCAGGACCCUCUCCCUUCUCCCAGCGGUGGGGCUCUUACUUACUAUUAAAUUGUCCCAAGAAUGGAAACUGAGGAUGUUUUCUGAAGAUCUGAAGAUUGAUACACUGUAAAAUUUUUAUACCCUAUAAAACAAGAUUUGCCAACGUUGACGCUUUAUCUUCUUUCCUACCUUAUUUUAAGAAGUUUGUAGGUCAUAACAUGGAUAUCAGAGGCUUAAGUGCCAGAAGGGCAUUUUCACCAUUGCCCCAACACAUUAUUACAGUCUGUUUGGGAACGACUUUGUCCUUUUGGGGGCAUGUCUUUUUUUUAUGAGUAUCUGGGAAAAAAAAUUUUUUUAAACUACAGGAAAACAACACAACACACUUCGGUACUGACACAUACACUGAGGAAACCAACUCUGCUGUUUCCUGUAAAAGCCCCUUGGGAUUCUGCUGCACUGAAAGGUGACUGACUUUAGUCCAGUCGUCACGGUGAGGGCAUCGUGCCCUGUAGCCCCUUCUCUGCCAGUUGACCCACUUCUACCGAACAGACAUCUUCUAACAGACAUCUUCUGUCUGAUGCCCCCUUACUCUUGGAUCUUUCUAAAUAGCUUUUUAAAACUGACUUGCUUUAGGGUGCUUAAUCUCCGCUUCCAUCACAUCAUACCUGCACGGUUAUACGUCUCGUUCUCUCCCAGAAACUCCCUUUAAAACCAAGGGCUCGCUUCAAGCAUGGCUCAGCACUCCUCUGUGACAAAACCCACGACAGACUGAGGACGAAGCACCCUGGAGCAGCUGGGCUCUAGUUCAGUUUUACGUCUCAGACAUGAGCUAAAAUCUGUUACCAAAGUGCACUCACCGCAGGUAAAAAUGAGACUCAGAAGACAGACGUCACUGGUCAGUCACUGGCUCCAGCUUAUGUUUAAUCGUCAGUGAGGCCCUGGGCUCACCACUUGGCCUCAUGCCUGCAGUUCUGGAUGCUUUGAUGGGCUUCAUAUCUGCACAACACGGAGGGCAGCAUCCUUCAGCCAAAGGAGAAAGCCCAGGCAGCUGGAAACCUCUCUGAUCAAAGGAAAAAACUUGGUUAGUUUACACUUUCAAGCUCAGAUUUGGCUAGAGGUUUCAGGAUGCUUAUUUCCAACUUGGUCUUUAAUUCUAGAGAAGCUUAAUGAAACUUAUUGCCUUAAACCAUUCAAGGGCUGGUAAAAAAAAAAAAAAAUACAGAGCUAUAUAAAGUCUUAGUCACAAAAAUUGAGUCAGGUAAAUGUCUUCACCUGUUUCUAAGUGUUACAAUUUUAAACGUUUACUUUUAACGUGAUUUUCCUAAAGCACAGCUUUAAAAAAAAUCUGUAUA